GCUGCUUUCAUUUCAUCCCUUUAUGUACUUCGUACCGUUCAAUUCAUUGAGUUAGAGCUGGAAACUUGGGUUUCAGUAUUUUGAAUUUUGUAAUGGUACAUCUCUCCCGCAAAUUCACUACAAUACCUACAAAUUUUAUCCCGAUACAGUUCUUAAAAUACCAGCAGCAGCAAAUCCCAUCCCAAAGAACCCAACUUUUCACUCCCUUCUCCGAGCUUCAAAACCAACGCAACCUUUUAGAAUCCCAACUCAUUUCUGCUCUCAAUGGCUGCACUUCACUCACCCAAAUCCAACAAAUUCAUGCCCGUAUUCUUCGUAAAGGCCUUGAACAGUGCUGCUAUAUUAUCACCAAACUUGUACGAAGCCUCACCAAAAUAGAAAUCCCCAUGGAUAGUUAUGCCAAGCUUGUUUUUAAUCAGGUUAAGUUUCCAAACCCAUUUCUUUGGACUGCUCUUAUCCGUGGAUAUUGCUUACAGGGCUUGUGGGAAUCGGUUUUUGUGUAUACUAGUAUGAGAAAGGAGAAUACUUUUCCCGUUUCUUUCACAUUUUCUGCUCUUUUUAAGGCUUGCAGUAUGGGUCUUGAUGUUAAUUUGGGCAGGCAAACCCAUGCUCAGACUAUCUUGAUUGGUGGUUUUGAUAAUGAUUUAUAUGUUAAAAAUAGUUUGAUUGAAAUGUAUGUUAAAUUAGGAUUUUUAGAGUGUGGGAGGAAGGUGUUUGAUGAAUUGCCUGAAAGGGAUUUGAUUUCUUGGACAGAAUUAAUUGUUGCAUAUGCUAAGAUUGGGGAUAUGGAAUCUGCAGGGGAAUUGUUUGAUCAGUUGCCUCUGAAGGAUAUGGUGGCAUGGACUGCUAUGGUUACAGGAUAUGCUCAGAAUGCUAAGCCGAGAGAGGCAUUGGAAUUGUUUGAGAGAAUGCAAAAUGAAGGGGUGAAAACAGAUGAGGUUACAUUGGUUGGGGUUAUCUCUGCUUGCGCACAACUUGGUGCUGCAAAGUACUCAAACUGGAUUAGGGGUAUUGUUAAAAAUUUGGGUUGUGAUCCUACUCGUUGUGUUGUAGUGGGAUCGGCUUUGAUUGAUAUGUAUUCAAAGUGUGGGAAUGUAGAGGAUGCAUAUAAGGUUUUUGAUACAAUGGAAGAAAGGAAUGUGUUUUCGUAUAGUUCGAUGAUAUCAGGGUUUGCUAUGCAUGGUUGUGCUUAUGCAGCAUUGGAAUUGUUUCAUGAAAUGGUGAAUAUGGGGAUCAAACCUAACAGAGUUACAUUUAUUGCAGUGCUUACAGCAUGUAGCCAUUCAAGAAUGGUAGAGCAAGGUCGUCAAAUAUUUGCAUCCAUGGAGGAGAAAUUUGGGAUUUCUCCAGGAGUUGAUCAUUAUGCUUGCAUGGUGGAUCUUCUUGGUCGAGCUGGACUCCUGGAAGACGCACUUAAACUUGUAGAAACUAUGCCAAUUGAGCCUAAUGGGGGUGUUUGGGGGGCAUUGCUUGGAUCAUGUCGCACUUAUUCUAAUACCGAUAUCGCCCAAAUUGCUGCAAACCAUUUAUUUGAGCUGGAACCUAAUGCAAUUGGCAACUACAUCUUGCUCUCUAACAUAUAUGCUUCAGCAGGGAGAUGGAAUGAUGUUUCAACAGUGAGGAAAUUGAUGAGAGAGAAAGAUCUGAGAAAAAAUCCUGGGUGUAGCUGGAUGGAAGUGAAGAAGGGUGUCAUUGAGGAGUUCUUUGCCGGGGACAUGACCCAUCCACGGUCUGGUGAGAUGAAGCAUGUGCUUGAGCAUCUUCAAAAUGGGUUAAAAUCUAUCGGGUACGAACCAAACAUGAAUUCUGUUGCUUAUGAUGUGAAUGAUGAAGAAAAGAGACGGAUACUAAUCACUCAUAGCGAGAAACUAGCUCUGGCAUUUGGACUACUCAGUAUAAAUGCUGAUUGCCCCAUUUGGAUUAUGAAGAAUAUAAGGAUAUGUGAAGAUUGCCAUUCAUUUAUGUGUGGUGUAUCUCAAAUAACAGGGAGGGUAAUUAUUAUAAGGGAUAACUUGAGAUUCCAUCAUUUCCAUGAUGGGAAGUGCUCCUGUGGUAACUUUUGGUGAUUUAGUACCAUGAGUCGAUAUAUCUUAGAUACAAAGAAUCAGUGACUUUUUUUUUUUGUAUUCUUUCAAUAUUUCUUGAUAAGCAAAUUUCUCAAUUGAGAUGCACGUUCUUUACAGUGAAA